CCGCCGGCAAUGUCGCCUGAACAGAAUCCCACGUUUUUCUCACCACUUACCGGGAGAUGGGCCCAUCAUCCCUGCGAAGAAAGCCCAAAGGGUAUUGUAGGAUGUGGGGAAGAGGGGUACACGGCAUGAAACCGAUUCCGAAUCAUUGCCGCCGUUAGCAUCCUACCACCGAUUCAGGUAAUUCCUGUGGUUUCAGACGGCGGACCGAGUGGUCUGAUAGCAAGACGCUGUUAGAUUGUGCAUGGAGAUUCUAGUCUUUCCAACCUUAUCUGAAACUCCCUCCGUUGUGCUCGAAUAUUAACACCUCCAGGGAUUUUACGUGAUGACGAUGAUCGCAUUGUGCGGGCAAAUAAGACCCUAAAGGUCCCAUCUGACCAGUGCAGCACACACUCUAGUCAGCGUGCAUGAGUCUGCCGGAGGAUCUGCGUUCAGGUAGCAACUCGGCAACACACGAUAUCAUCCCCCGGUUGAACUGCGCACUUCCCGAGUCUAGGGUAAUAAGGGCACAUGCCAUAUCACAUUGUUUACGUUCGCUUCAGAAGACUCGAUGCAAUGUUGUGAGGCCGUUUACAUCUGAGAGGAAAAUCCACAAGGAGACAUGUUAUACAGGUCCCUUCUGUGGAUCCCACUGAACAUCGGGGAUCGAACUUGUUUGUUCGAUAGUCACCAGCAGAUAUCACCGGAAUCGCUUCACCUUGUGCUGCAAAAUGUGAAAGAUCUAGUGAUUAUGAUGAAUUAGUCAACGCUUUGGGUCGGAUGCAAAUAGACAGUUUUUGGCGUAUGCCAUGACCUUGGGAACCCGUUCCACAUCGCCAGAAUAUCAGAUAUACGAGUCCACGCUCUGCUGUACCAGGUCCGCAUCGAACAGUCACUAAAGUGUAAAUGACGCUCUUUGUCCGGAGUGUAUAUAGAUGUGAAGGGUGAGCCCAGCAUUCCAUCCAAAUCCCAACUAUCAGAUUCCAUUGCUACCUGCACAUCUACACUGCCUUAAGUCCAGUAUAAUUAUUCUUCGAAGGAGAAUCAAGUGCCUCAAAAUUUCAGGUGCAUAGAGGAUUCAUAUCCACUUAGCGAUUUGAGCGGAAAUUCGGAGACAGACUUCAGCGUUGUUCGUCGACCUGCACAAGUCGACGCAAAAGGAGCGCGUCGAUCAAAGCUUUCUCAAGAUGGGCUCGUUUCCACCUUUCCGUUUACUGAGUUUGUUGGGACUGAUUCUACUGGCGACAACGACAGACGCUCACUCCUACAGUGGUGCUGAUUACUACAAAGACUCAUGCCCGGAAGCAACGACCAUAGUGACGGACAUGGUCAACAACUUUGUCAAGGAAAACAAAAAUCUGGCGGGGGGAUUCCUGCGACUGCAUUUUCACGACUGCUUUGUGAGGGGCUGCGAUGCUUCCGUGCUCCUAAAUUCGCCAACCAACACGGCUGAGAAGGAUGCACGACCCAAUGGAUCGCUUCGAGGAUUUGACGAAAUCGACCAAAUCAAAGCCGCACUAGAGGCGGAGUGCCCUGGAAUUGUAUCAUGUGCCGAUAUUCUCGCCCUAGCUGCUCGUGAUGCCACCGUAAAGGUUGGAGGUCAGAGCUGGUCACUGGAUCUCGGCCGCAAAGAUGGGGAACUUUCGAUUUCUUCCGAGGCAGAUGCGAAGCUUCCAUCACCAUUCUCGACUUACGACGAACUUGUACAGAAUUUCACGGCUUUGGGAUUCACGCAGGAGGAAAUGGUCAUUCUCUCCGGAGGCCACACCAUCGGCCGAUCAUCAUGCGGGGCAGUUCAGUCUCGUCUCUAUAACUUCAACGGAGUUGCGGGACUCACCGAUCCAUCUAUCGACGCGUCUUUAGCCACACAGCUCAAGAAGAAGUGCCCAGAGAACGAACCGGGCAGCACGCUAGCCAUGGAUUCCACCAAGAACACCUUCGACCAUUUGUACUUCAAGGCAGUCUUGAACAACAAAGGCCUCUUCCAGUCGGAUGCAAACUUAUUGACGAAUCCAGUGGGAAAGGAGCUUGUGACUCGAUACUCGAAGGCCGGCUCUUCGUUCUCAAGUGACUUCGCAGCAGCCAUGACGAAGAUGAGUAACAUCCAGUGGGCGACUGACGGUGAGGUUCGCCGAGUCUGUUCAGUCAUCAACCAUUAACACAGCCUUGAUUAGCAAGCUCUCAUCAUUUUGGAAAGUCAAGAAUCUCCAGUGUAGACGUGGUGCUGGGGUGGGAAUUAAAGAGCGAAACCUCAGUUCUGAAAGGAAAGCACAGAGAUUCGUCUUCAAGGAUACUUGUAAUCCAAAUUGAAAACGCACAGGCUCUGCUUUCAGAAAAUUGCUGUAAGCCUAAUCGACAGUAUACACAAUUCAUUCAUUUGCUGAAUCAUCUCCAUUGGGGAGGUUCAACAUAGCAAUCAUUCAAUAAGGGAUGAUCGUGGAAAUAAAGAGCCAUAGCAUCAAUCUAUAUGCAAAAAGACGAAUUACCGUGACAUCGGUCCUUGCAGUGAACAAACAUGUACGGUUGGAUGUCUGAGCUCUACACCAGGAUGUAGAAUAUAGUUUACGACAGUCCCAUACGUCAUGACCAUUGUAACAUUUUUCAUCAAUUCUAAUGACGUAGGCA